UGAGGGCCGCCAUGGUGUUAACUUUCCUCCCCUCCCCUCCUUCCGUGCUGCGCUCUCUCCCACCCGCACAGCUACCGUCCAAAUCGCGGCAUAAAAUGUGGGCCGGCCAUGGUGUUAACUUUCCUCCCCUCCCCUCCUUCCUCCUCGCCCUCGCCCCCGCAUCUGGGCCACAAUAGCUCCCCCAUCGCCCAGCCGGAGGAUCCCCAGAUCGACCCACCGCCUCCUCCGGACGGUCACCUCCACCUCCUCCAGAUGGGUGGGUGAGCGGGUUUCUAGACAGACAGGUGCAAGCCCAUCUCACCGGUGCCGCUUCUUCUGCAGCGCAGCUGAGCUGAUCUAGGGAUAUACCAAUGGCGACAUCCAAGAAGGGGCCUCUCUAUCCCAGCAGGGACAGGGCCACCAGGAUGGCCCCCAACCUCAAGCCCUCCAGCAGCGAGUUCUCCUCCUCCGGCUACGGCGCGCGCCGGGCGAGGUCAGUGCCGAGUUCCCCAGAUCGCAAGCUCGGUCCUUCGGCUGCCGCUGCGGCGGCGGCGGCUCCUUCCGCCUCCCCGGACAUGUGCCGUCCCUCAUUGUCACACGCUGGCCGGUCCAUCUCUUCACGGACAAUGUCCGGCUCAGGCCCAUCCAUUCAUGGCAGCAAGCCAGCCUCAAAGCCGGCUCUGGCUAGAGCGAAAUCCGACAAAGUCACCGCCAACUCACAGCGGCCUCAUGCGCUCGCUGGGCCGCUCAGCAGUUCGUUCAAGGACACCGCCAACUCGUCUUCUACCUUGCUGAAGAAUAAGCUUUCGCCAAGGCCCACCCCUGGCAAAGGGGUGGCGUCCCCAAAGCCGAGCAUCCAGAGGGCGUCAUCGCCAUCGCUGGGGGCUUUGAGAGGUGGGAAGCCUCUGCCCUUGUCCUCGGCACGCGCGCCAGGCACGGCGGCAAAGAAAAGAGAAGCAGCAGCAAAUGGUGGUGCCAACGCAAACUCAAGGCCAAGGGGUGCUCCUCAGAGGGCAGCGGAGCCAUCCACUACAACCAGGAAGGAGAAAGAUGACGAGCCAUCGAUGCGGUUUGAGGAAUCCGAGAGCCUGACCACUCCGUCCAUCGAAGAUCAGUUGCAGGAGCAGCUUCCUGACCCUGUGGACCUGAAACCCAUUGACAUGGCUGUUUCCGCUUCCGCUUCUGCUUCACCUCGACGCGAUCAGCAGGGGCCGCACACUCAGCAACAAGGCAAGAAUGAGGAGGAAAUCAAGGAGCAGCCAGAGAAAGAGGAUGCCGACAUUGCAAAGGUUGCCGAUGAAUUGGAUCAAGCGGCGGAGACAGAAGACGCUAUAACGAAGGCAAGCGGCAGGACUGAAGCUGCUCAGUCAUGGAGGAAGGAUGAUCCCAAGAGCAACGACGUGAUCGAGGAGACGAAAAGCAAGCUCCUGGAGGAGAGGAAUAGCAGGGUGAAGGCCUUGGUAGGGGCCUUCGAGACGGCCAUGUCCUUCAAGGAGUAGUUGCUCAGCCUCGGCCCGAUUCUGCUGAUCGACCAAUCCUGGGUGCAUCCGGCAUUGAAUAUGCUGUGAUCAUGGUUCCUCGAGUGUCAGAGUGUUUAUACGAUGGUUUCCUUGGUCCGUUUGUGUUCCAUGUGUUGAUUUUUUUUGUUUCGGACCGAUCGCCGCGUUCAUUGUUGAUGCGCUGCUUGUUGCUGUUGUUGGUGCGGAUUUGAAUGAAACCUUGGUGCUUGUUGGUUGGCUGGGAAAUCCUAGCAUUCGUGCUCA